CGCACAGACUGGGGCUUCUGGUCCAUACUCCUCUGAUCCAGAUCUUUCAAACCACCUUGACCACCUUCCCCACCUUUGGAAGGUCACCUUUGAAGAGUGGAAGAAUGUACUUACUUGUAGACCUAGCAAGACCAGGGUUCCUUCCUGUUCAUCCUGGUCUCUUUGGCGGAGCCAUCUCUGAUCACAGCCUAGACUACGCUUCAACGCUGUGCUCUAUUCUUAUAAGUGGGCUUCCUACGAGAGGCUGCCCUUGGUUCCAUCCGUCCACCUGCUCCGGCUUUAUCUAACGACGAACCGUAUUUAUUUCUUUUCAUCACUCCCAUCUCGAGCAAGACAAAAUAUUCAAGAACAGUAAUUCGGCCUUUAGGACAACAUCGAUAGACAUACACAAUACACACCAACGUCGUAGUACACCUACCCAUAUCAACACAACAACCACCAACACAAGAUGGCUCGGUCUCCUCCUGCUCCCACUACCGGGGACAAUAAGCCGGGUACGGUGAAGAGGAAAGGCACGAGAAGCGUCUCUACCCUCACGCCUUCACAGCUAGCUAGGAAGCGAGCAAAUGAUCGGGAAGCGCAACGCGCAAUAAGAGCUCGCACUAAGGAGCUCAUUGAAAGGUUACAACGCGAAUUAGAAGAAUCAAGGGGAAGGGAGAACCGCGAUGGAAUGGUUCGUGAACUGCUUCAGAAGAACAAGGCAUUGGAACACGAAGUACGAGCAUUGAGGGAAGCCCUUGGCAUCGGGAACCGACCGUUUCCUCAAUCUGGCUACGAGGUGGAUGGACUGCAAACUUCGCCAUCAGCAGUUCCAGGUCGCGGGGCAUCUAUCCCCCAAGGCUCCACGGACUAUGGUGCACCGACAAGCUUUGGGUCAUCUUACCUCCCUACUCCUGAACCUUGUGAGGCAUGGCCUCCGGUCGUCCCUGUCUCUUCAGUCACUGUUUCUUCAGUGGUUUCAAGUCCGUCGUCAUCCACGGGGCAUCCUGAUGAGUACGCGGCUAGCCACGUCCCCACAAGCGUCCCUUCUUCCUUGAUGGACUCAUCUGUAAUGGGUCAAGCUACGGGAAUCUCUUGCCUGGACGGUAUGAAGGUCAACUACGACGAGAUUGAAGCUGACCGCGGAUACUGUCCGACCAGCGUUCCACAGCCGCAAUCCUCUUAUCUCCCCCAGCAGUCCUGGUCCAUGUACCCCACAUCAACUUACUAUCCACAAUCGCCUACGGUUUGAUGCUAUAUCAACACAAAUGUCUGUUUUUUGAGGUCGAACAGCGUGUCGCGGACGGGCAGCCUACGAGAAAACAGCUACAACAACACCAACUUUUUGGACAGCAAUUACACAUACAGAUAACGACCAUCGACGUCGAUACAAAGGUCAACGAGGCGCAACGUUCUAUGCAGUCCCCAGAUUUGCGUAGGCAGUUUGUGUGAGAAGGCCAGCCCGCCUUCGCAAACUCGUUUGAAACACAGAUCUUGGAGCGUUUACGUCACACAUCAGCUACACAGCAAGCGGCUUGUUUUGUUGGGAUGAUAAUUAUUAUGAUUUCUUGGGGGGUCCAUAACUCUGGAGCAUCUGACCUUGUUUCCCAUUAUUUUGAUCUCCAAGAGAAGACCACGGAGAAGAACAAUGCAUUUCUACGGCCGGCACGGG